AUGAACACGGGUAAUCCACCGUUCAAAGGUCAAUCCGAAGAUCUGCUUUUCAAAGCAAUAUGUCGAAAACGACCGCCAAUACGUAAAAAAUUCUCAGUCGAUCUCAAACAUAUUAUUCUCCGAUUACUUCAAAAGAAUCCUACGAAACGAUUAGGUUCAAGUGCAAGAGGAUCGACGGAUGUCAAAGAACAUCUUUGGUUUGAUGAGAUCGAUUUCGAUAUACUUUACACUCAACAACUUCCAUCACCAUUCUAUGAAAACGUUCUACGAAAGUCCUUAUCUGAUUAUCGUCGUGAAGUACUGCAACGCAAUGAAAAGCCAUUGGUAAUUGCCGAAGAAGAUGAUUAUAUCGAAAUGUUCAAGGAUUUCUAG